UUCGACGAAAUAACCUCCUCACAGCCGGAAUAAUUGGUUGUGGUGUAUUGGGAAUUUACUUUUAUUCUAUGUACGCAGUGAAACAGGAAACGUUCCUGGACGAUUUUGAGGAGCCGCGUAAAGUAAUCGAAAAACAAUAAUAAUGUCCGCAGUAAACGCUUUGAGAUUACCUCCUUUACCUUCUGUUAGAGAUUUAGUUCGUUUAUAUAAGCUAAGAGCAAUUAAACAGUUAUCGCAAAACUUUUUAUUGGAUGAAAGAAUAACAGAUAAAAUAGUAAAGUGUGCAGGUAAUAUUAGAAAUCAGUAUAUUUGUGAGGUUGGUCCCGGCCCCGGGAGCAUAACAAGAUCGAUUUUGAAAAGACAACCAAAAAAAUUAAUAGUAGUCGAAAAGGAUCCCCGAUUUUUACCCACUUUGGAGUUAUUACAAGAAGCUUCAUCACCACACACGGAUUUUAUCAUUGAAAUUGGUGAUAUUAGAUCUUAUAACUUUGUUGUUGGAUUUGAAAAAGUGUAUAAACAUGAUUGGCUUGAAUUGCCCCCUCCUAUUCAUUUAAUAGGAAACCUACCAUUUAAUGUCUCAACAAAUUUAAUAAUUCGAUGGUUAUCUUCAAUAUCUGAAAAGAAAUCUGCUUGGUUGUAUGGGAGAACACCGUUAACUUUAACAUUUCAAAAAGAAGUUGGUGAACGGAUUAUUGCGUCGGAUUCAGAUAAACAAAGAUGCCGAUUAUCAGUUAUGUGCCAAUUAUGGUGUGAUGUGGAGUAUAAAUUUACUAUUCCUGGAAAAGCAUUUGUACCUAAACCAGAUGUUGAUGUGGCAGUGGUUACUUUUGUACCUAAAAGAUAUCCUUUCGUAAAUUUACCUUUUAAAUUGGUUGAAAAAGUUUUAAGGAAUAUUUUUAAUAUGAGACAGAAAUAUGCUUUGAGAGGUGGAGAAACUUUAUUUCCAGAAAAAUUAAGGGAACAGUUAGGUACACAAUUAUUUGUUUUAGCUGAUGUUGAUUAUGAAACAAGACCUUUUCAAAUCACCAAUGAAGAAUUUUCUAGAUUAUGUUAUGCUUAUGAUACUUUAUGUAAGGAGUAUCCUGAAAUUGUUAAUUUUGAUUUUCGAUCUACUAAAUGUACUGAUGAUGUUUUGUAAUAAUUGUUGUUAGUAAAAAAUACUUAGAUUUAUAA